AGGGGGGUGGUUUGAUAGGAUAAGCCCAUAGACCAAAUUGGGCAUAACCUCACAAUCUGUGUCUGAAGACCUAACCAAUUUUUCGUUCAAGUAAACAAUAAAAUAAAGUAAAGAAAAGAAGUAAACUAGAUUCCUUCAUACACCUUUAAAUUGGAUUUUACUGCACGUGGAAAAUUUCUAAAAGUGUUGAAGCAUCCUACAGUGAUGCACAAUGGGUAAGUCUAAGAGUUCCAAGAAGCAUAAGAAACGUUCGAGGAGACAAGAAACCAGUUCAUCAGAAGAUGAAUGGGUGGAAGCAGACACCGUGAAAAACCACAGGCAACAUGCCAGAAAUGCAUCGCCAGAGGAUUUACUGAAAAGGAAAAAAAGGCGCAGACAUUCCAGCAGCGAUAGCCGAUCUGAUAGCAGUGCAGAAGACACAAGGACAAAGUCUCAUGCGUCUGAAAAACCCAGUAAAACUCCGAGUCCGAAGCAACAAAACACCAAUAGAGAUGACUGGAUGAACCUCCCAACGAAUUUCGCCUCAUUUUCGAACGUGGACAAGAAGAAAAGCAGGGAAGAAGAAAGGAAAAUCCAGAAGGAAAAGGACGUGUAUGAUCCUUCCAAAUGUCCCAGGGAAUUGAACGUGUACUGGAAAAAUGGAGGUGAUGGUUUGCCGAAGUUUCAAAAGCCCAGCGACGAUUCUCACAGUUAUAAAAGUGAGCGACCUUCCAGUAGCGGCCAGUCUAGAUGGAGAAAAAGCAAGCCUGAAGCGACCGAUAGAAGAAUAGAUGGACCUUCUGAAACUUCCCCUAGAAACUCUGCAGGCCCUUCAAAGCCAGUUGCAAAACCCAAUCAGAACGUUGCUGAUACGCCGAUUACCGAAAAGGAAUUAAAUCUACUGGCAGGAAAGCUGGUGAAAGCUGAAAUUAUGGGGAACAAAAAGCUGGUAGACGAACUGAAGCAGCGGCUGGACGCUGGACGCAGAGCUUUGGCAGAAGAGCGAACUCAGGAUGAUGAAGUGCUGCUCACAGAAGCGAAUCGGCAAGGAGCUUCAAAGCCUUUAGAACUGCGAAGUGCCAUUGACAGUGAAAAAAGACGCAGGAGGGCUGUGGAAACCCACGCUGGCAAUGAGAGAGUGAAAUAUUUUGCCGAUGAUGAUAAAUAUUCGCUCAAACAGAUGUUCGAGAAUGAGAAAUUCAGUUCAGCCAAUGACCAAGACUCGGCGUUCAUGAAAAUCGCCUCUAACAUUAAGAAGAAUGAUGACUUGGACGAUUUGUUUGCUGAUGAUGUGAGACGGAAAAAAUCCGACUCCAAACUGGCUGAUGCUAAGCGAAGCCAAGCUAUUAGUGAACAUAAAAAAGUCUCCACUAGUCUAGACAAUUGUCUGCGAUGCAUCCAGUCAACAGCUAUGCAAAAGCAUUUGAUAGUUUCAAUGGGCGAAUACAUUUAUCUGGCUCUGCCUGCCCAUGAGCCUUUAGUGGAGGGGCACUGCCUUAUAGCCCCCAUAAGGCAUGUGGCCUCUGUGACCCAGUUGGACGAAAACGAAUGGAAUGAAAUGAACGAUUUCAGAAAGGCGCUGAGUCGAAUGUUCGCAGCCAAACAGCAGGAACUGAUGUUUUUUGAAAUUGCUGUUGGAUUUCACAGAUAUCCGCACACUGUUUUGGAGUGUAUUCCUUUGGAUAAGGAAGACGCAGGAAUGGCGCCGAUGUAUUUCAAAAAGGCGAUAGACGAAUCGGAGAUUGAGUGGACGCAAAACAAAAAACUGGUGCCACUGAAGAACCGCGACGUGCGCCAAGCCAUUCCCAAACAGCUUCCAUAUUUCGCAAUUAAUUUCGGGAUCAGCGAUGGAUUCGCCCAUGUGAUAGAAGACGAUAGAUUGUUUCCGAAGAACUUUGCGCAGGAAAUCAUCGGCGGCAUGUUGAACUUGGAUCACAGCAAGUGGAGACGACCAGCGAGAGAACGUUUCGAAGUUCAAAGCAAGCGAACGGUUGCUUUUUCCAAAGUUUGGACGAAUUUUGAUUGUUCUGCCAAAGCGAUGUAGAAUUUUGCAAGAAACAUAGAUUAGACUGGUUUGAUGAUUUUAAUUGUGUAAUUUUACAAGCAGUGUAAACUUGUAAAAUCUCAAGUAGUCGGUUGGAAAUGUUCGCGGGAUUAAAGUUAGGCUCAAUGAGGUUUUGAGGGAUUUUCGGUUUUAUACUGCUUUUUUGAAUUAAUUUAAAAGCUUCAUGUUUUCUGCAAAAUCUUGCGUUUUUGUAGAUGGACAUUCAGAAGACCAAUGAUUGUGGUAGAAUAUAAGACAGUUAUCUUUAAGAAAUAUGACAAAUCUAUAAAAAGUUGAAGAAUCA